AUGUACCUUUUGGCCAUCUUCAAAAGAUAUACCUUUUGGCCAUCUUCUGAAGACAUCGCUCCCCGUCUGCCUAAUCAGAUCCUAACCGGUUUAAUCAUACUAUGUAUUAUCAUCUUAGGACUAUGUAGUGACAGAUUUGCCAUACCCAAGCGUACUCUUGCACUUUACGCAAACCUCUUCUCUCUCUUGGAGCGCACGUCGGACUUUUUCUGUUCCACCUCGUCUCUCGACGCAUUGUAUGUCACAUUCGUGUCCUGGUUCAUGGGGUUUUCAGGCGACUUUUGGAAUUCCUUGAACACCAUGUUCUUGAUCUGCUGCAACCUCAACCCAGGAUUCUCCUUCCUGAUCUCGGGGGUUCUUCUUUCUUCAAACGCCGCAAAUGCAGCCUUCACUCUUCUUUCAGGGUGUCUGUCUAUAUCCUUGUUGGCCACACCUCCGUCGCGUCCCGUCAAUGCCAAAGCUUCCAAAGCAUCGUCAAUUCCAGAAGCACUCAACUCUCCCUUGUUCAGAUCCCAGUCCAAGAAAUCAUCAAUCUUGCCUGUUCUCUUGGCUGCAACUUUGGCGGCACCUCUUUGUUUUUCUUUUAGAGGCUUAGCAGGCAUGGCUGCCUCCUCGGCUGCUAAGAGAGCCUCUCUCUCGGCCUUCUUUCUUGCAGCCUCCUCCUUCUUGAACUUCUCUUCCUCUUUCUUCUUAUUGCCCUUUUUGGACCCAUCCUCCCAAGCGGCAGCUUCUUCUGCCUCGGCUGCGCUAGCAGCUGCCUGCUUUUUUUUGUUGGCAGCAUCGGCUUUUCUGGCAUUGCCAGCAGCUUUUUUCGAAUUUUCUCCUCCUUUCUUGGCCAUGUUCUAUCGUUGGUGGUACGCGAUCUUCUCCAGUAUGAUACUCUUGGGUGGUGGGUGUGCACGUGACUUUUUCGAUCUCGGAGAAGGCUCUAGCAACAGAAGGAAGAAUACAAUACCUUGA